UCCAUUUCGUACCAGUUAAAGAAUAAUAAGGAUCGUCUGACAAAGAUUAUAUUUAUACAAGAACCUUUUAACUUUCGAUAAAUGGCCUCUUCUUUGAACUCGUCAGAUAAAACGAAAGUGGAUAAGCAAUCGUUGCACAACGAAACGACGGCUGAAAAUUCUGUGUCACAAGAAGGCGAUAAAGAACAGUUAAGUGAUGAUAAUCUUCUACCACCAAUUGAACCGGAAGAUGAUUCUGUACGAAACGAAAGCAGUCCGUGUACUGUUCUUCUGAACGCUUUAGCGAACUGUAGACCUGCAGCUGUACCACUAUAUAUGAAAUACCUCGUUAUCGGUUUCAUUGUAGUUGUGAUAUUGAUAAUAGCGACGGUCUGUAUCACAAUUUCAAUUGUUAAAAAGCCUUGUCAGGAAAGGCCCUUACCUGAAGCGAUUCGGAGAGGAUCAGUUGUCGAAGACCUACAUAUUCUUUUAUCAAUUUGGGACGACAAAAUGGACAAGUUGAAUAUAACUUUUUUUGGAAAGAAUGAUCAUAUACUAAUCUACCAGAUUAACUAUCAAGGAAAUGGCGCCAGGAACCAAAUAGUACUGUGUCAACAAGGAGAAUCAGCCUUCAGUAUUUCGUGCGGUGAAGAGAAAACUAAUGCAUGUGUACCUGUCCCUGAAUAUCCGAACAAGAAUCCGGAAACAUUUCCUAAACAUUUUAACUACGUCAUCGAUAGGCAAUGCAUUGGAAAGAAGGCAGAUUUAAGAUGGAAAACAUAAAAACAAAACAACAUUUUACCAGGUCGAUAGCAAAAGAGUCGAUAGUAAAAGAUGCUUCGUUGAUAUUUGUAAGUGUUA